AUGAGGCCUACAGACUUGCUUAGGGUUCUGAACAAACAGUUUCUUGGACUUGCUGGUGACACUGCAAAUGUUGUUGCUAAGAAGCUGACGUCGCCUCCUCCUCUUCUUGUGUCCCGCAAACCAGCAUUUAUAGAUGCAUUUCUGUACAAGAUGAAAAAGAAUCCAGAACUUCUGAAGAAUAAAUCCAUUUGGUCACGGAGAUCCACUAUCUUACCAGAAUUCGUUGAUUCCCAAGUCAAGAUUUACAAUGGGAAAACCAUGAUUCGUUGUAAGAUCACCGAGGGAAAAGUCGGUCAUAAGUUUGGCGAGUUUGCUCUUACCAGGAAACGCAAAUCUAGAGACCAACCUAAUGCCAAAGUGAAACAACUCAAGAAAAAGAAGUGA